UCCUCCCAGUGUGCAGCUGUGGAGCGGAAACAGUAAUACCGCUAGACAGGAGGCAGAGCGGUGCAGCCCAGUCUGUGACUGAAGGAGAGAGGAGGGCGGAACUUUCAUUUGUAGCAAGAAAAAAAGUUUGGAAACCAAAGUUCAAAGCGGGAAUCUAAAAAAGUCACAGACCUUGAAAAAAGCCUUUAGAUAGAGAGUGGGAAAUACAUGAGCCUGGCCCGCCCGUCCCUCACUGUGGUCUAUGCGCGCACAAUGAUUACUUAGCAAGUUAGUUUUCUCCCCUUUCUGGUCUGUGGGAUAUCCCUGAGAUGCCAAGCGAAUCAGGCUAAUAGGUAGGCACAAAGUAGACACCAUUAGGUAAAAUAGGGGGGCAGAGGGGGGGAUGGCGACGGAUGGCGGGGGAGGUGAGCCUAAGUGCCAGGCGGCUAAAGAUGAAGAAGACAACGUGAAGAGAAAGAAAAAGAAGAGGAAAACACGGAGAGAGAGCAGAGUGAGGACUGUCCGCUCUAACCUGCUUCUCUAUGAGUCCGACAACCCGAACCGGCUCUAUGCCGGCAACUCAAUCAAAACCACCAAGUACACGGCUUUGUCCUUCCUGCCCAAGAACCUCUUCGAGCAGUUCCACCGGCUGGCCAAUGUCUACUUUGUCUUCAUGGCUCUGCUCAACUUCGUGCCGGCGGUGAACGCUUUCAAGCCCGAGCUAGCCCUGGCCCCCGUCCUCUUUAUUUUGGCGGUGACCGCUAUUAAGGACCUGUGGGAGGAUUACCGGAGGUACCGCUCGGACAAGGAGAUCAACCACAUGGACUGCCUGGUGUUCUGCAGGAGUGAAAAGAAAUAUCGUGAAAAGUAUUGGAAGGAAGUUCAAGUUGGAGAUUUUGUACAACUACGUUGCAAUGAAAUAAUUCCCGCUGAUAUAUUGCUGCUAUCCUCUAGUGAUCCAGAUGGGCUCUGUCACAUUGAAACUGCCAAUCUGGAUGGAGAAACAAACCUGAAACAAAGACAAGUGGUGAAAGGAUUCGUAGAACUGGAAUCUGAAUUUGAUCCAAUGACAUUUAAGAGCAUCAUUGAAUGUGAGAAACCAAACAAUGAUUUGACCAGGUUUCGUGGUUACAUCCAUAAAAAUGGGAAAAAAUCUGGACUUUUUAAGGAAAACCUUCUUUUGCGUGGGUGCACUAUUCGUAACACAGAAGUUGUGUCUGGCAUUGUUAUCUAUGCAGGCCAUGAGACCAAAGCUUUGCUAAACAACAAUGGACCUCGCUACAAACGUAGUAAACUUGAGAGGCAAAUGAAUAAAGAUGUCUUUUGGUGUGUUCUGAUCCUCCUUAUUAUGUGUCUUUUUUCAGCUGUUGGACAUGCUCUCUGGGUCUGGCAAUAUGGAGAAAAGCGACCUGUGUUUGAUGUUUUAGGCUCUGAUGGAAAAUAUGUAAAGCCAUUUCUUUCAGCUGUAUAUUUAUUUUUCACCAUGAUAAUAGUAUUGCAGGUGCUUAUCCCAGUGUCUUUGUAUGUUUCAAUUGAAAUUGUGAAAAUAUGCCAAGUGUAUUUCAUUCACCAAGAUAAAGACUUAUAUGAUGAAGAAACAGAUUCCCAACUUCAGUGCAGAGCUCUCAAUAUUACUGAAGACUUAGGACAGAUACAGUAUGUUUUCUCUGACAAAACUGGAACACUUACUGAAAAUAAAAUGGUUUUCCGAAGGUGCACCGUCUCCGGAGUAGAAUAUUCUCAUGAUGAUAAUGCAAAACGUCUAGCAAUGUAUCAAGAAGCAGACUCUGAAGAUGAAGUCAAUGGGCCAAAAACAGGAACACUUCCGCGUCGUGAUAGUAGUGGCAGUCACCAUAGUGUUAAAGCAGCACACAGAAGCCAAAGUACCAAGACUCAUCGACGUACAGGAAGCAGAGCUGAGGCAAUGAAAGCCAACAUAUUGUCCAAACACACAGCUUUCAGCAGCCCAAUGGAAAAGGACAUUACACCAGACCCAAAAUUGCAAGAAAAGGUCAAUGAAUGUGCAAAGACUCUGAAGAUUAUGAGAAACCACAAGCAACCAUUUUCUCAGCUCACUGCAGAACUCUCAGAUAUUUUUGACUUUUUUACUGCUUUGACAAUUUGCAACACUGUUGUUGUUACUUCUCCAAAUCAACCACGACAGAAGGUAAGAGUAAGAUUUGAACUGAAGUCUCCGGUGAAAACCAUAGAGGACUUUAUCCGCAGAUUUACACCCAGCCGUUUAACUUCAGGAUCUAAUAGCAGCAGUUCAUCCAGCCUUGGAACUAAUAAGUCAAUGCACAGAGCUGGAUCCAGCAUCAUGUCUUCAAGUUCCAUUGAAGGCAGUUUUACAAAAUUAGAAAGAAAACUUUCCAGCUCUCCACAGAUAAAUUUUACUGGACUAGGCACUCAGCCAGGUUUUAAAGAACAGGUAGAUGGACAUGAAGGGGAUCUGCGCUUUGAAGCAGAGAGUCCUGAUGAAGCUGCUCUUGUAUAUGCUUCCAGAGCAUAUAAUUGUGCUCUUGUUGGAAGACUUUCAGAUCAGGUAACUGUAGAGUUACCACAUUUGGGUAGGCUAAACUUUGAACUUUUGCAUACCCUUGGUUUUGAUUCGGUCAGAAAACGAAUGUCUGUUGUGGUGAGACACCCACUUACAGAUGAAAUAGUGGUUUACGCUAAAGGAGCAGAUUCCGUUAUUCUGGACCUUAUUCAGCCAUGCUCUAAAGAUGAUCGUCUGGGAAAGCACCAAAGAAAAAUUCAAGCCAAAACUCAAAAGUAUUUGAACUGUUAUGCAGUUGAUGGUUUACGAACUCUGUGUAUUGCAAAACGAGUGCUCAGUAAAGAAGAAUAUGCCUGUUGGCUGAAAUUUCAUUUGCAAGCUGAAUCUUCUUUAGAUAAUCGUGAAGAACUACUGUUCCAAUCUGCAGUUCGUCUGGAGACUAAUCUACACUUGCUUGGUGCCACUGGCAUAGAAGAUCGUUUACAAGAAGGUGUUCCAGAAACGAUCACAAGGUUACGCAAAGCUGGCAUACAGAUAUGGGUUUUAACUGGAGAUAAACAAGAAACUGCUGUAAAUAUUGGCUAUUCCUGCAAGCUUCUAGAUCAUGAAGAUGAUCUAAUCACUUUGAAUGCUGAAUCUCUGGAAGAAUGUUCUACUUUGCUUGAACAAUGUUUGCACUACAUACAAUCCAAGUUUUCAAGUGGCUUACAGGAAAAAGUCGUUGGAGGGACUGGCAUUGACUCUGUCCAACACAAUACUCUUUGGCCUCCAAAUUUAAAGCAAUCUAGCCUUGGACUUGUAAUAGAUGGAAAAACCUUGGCCUUUGCGCUAGAUAUAACACAGUCAGACAAAUUCCUUUUACUUGCUAGAAAAUGCCGUUCAGUUCUUUGUUGUCGUUCUACCCCUCUGCAGAAGAGCUUGGUGGUAAAGCUUGUCCGUGAUAAGCUCAGAGCUAUGACUUUAGCAGUAGGGGAUGGAACCAAUGAUGUCAGCAUGAUACAGGUAGCUGAUGUUGGGGUUGGAAUCUCUGGUCAAGAAGGAAUGCAGGCAGUAAUGGCAAGUGAUUUUGCUGUUCCAAGGUUUCGGCACCUGGAAAAGCUUUUGCUUGUACAUGGUCGAUGGUGUUAUUCCAGGCUUGCCAACAUGGUCUUGUAUUUCUUCUAUAAGAAUGCAAUGUUUGUGGCUCUUCUUUUCUGGUACCAGUUCUAUUGUGGAUUUUCUGGCUCAGCAAUGAUUGAUCAAUGGUAUUUGAUCUUCUUUAAUUUAUUAUUUUCAUCCAUUCCACAACUUAUCACUGGAAUUUUGGACAAAGACUUGCCAGCUGAAUUACUGACUGCAAAUCCCGAGCUCUAUAAAAGUGGACCCAACAUGGAGGAAUACAAGCCACAUAUGUUUUGGCUUAAUAUGAUUGACGCUUUCUACCAAAGCCUUGUAUGUUUUUUCAUCCCAUAUUUUAGUUUCUUCGAUUCUGACAUUGAUUUAUUUACCUGGGGAACACCAAUUGUCACUUGUGCACUUUUGACAAUUAUGAUGCACUUGGGAAUGGAAACAAAAACAUGGACAUGGAUCAAUGUAUCUUCAAUUGUGUUCAGCAUCCUUUUGUUUUUUACUGUGGCUCUUGUUUACAAUUCAUCUUGUCCAACAUGCAACCCUCCUUCCAAUCCCUAUUGGACUAUGCAGAAAUUAAUGGCCAACCCUUUAUUUUAUCUUAUUUGCAUUUUGUCACCUGUUACUGCAUUGUUGCCAAGGUUUUUAUACAAAUCUGUCCAGGGAACUCUGUUUCCAACACAAAUUCAACUUGGCCGCAAACUGCUGAGAGCCCAUCCAGAGUGCCUUACUGGUAACUUUAGUAUAUUGAAAUCCAGCACUGCAUCUGAAAUGCGAAGUAAGACAACAGAACCAAAUAACACCAGCAUUGCUUUAAACACAAACCAAAGACAAAAUAAUAUGGAUCCUGAGCAAAAUGUCAAGUUUUAUUCCUCUCCCAAAGAAGAAAGGAAUGAGUCAGUCGAUCAGAGCUAUUGUUCCUGUGAGGAUACUUCCAUUUGUGUGAAAGAUGAAGCAAAAAAUACUUCUUUUUACCAUGACUCUUCUGUACUACUUGACACAUUACCCUUGGAUGAAACGUUCCAGUGGAACUCAAAGUUAGACCAGUCGGAUAUCAGUUUAAUAAACUGGAUGACAUCAACUCCCUUGUUUAAAAAGUAUAGCCAACAUUUAAACAGUAUUCAGGACAGUCUGAAAGAUACUGCCGUUUCACUAGCUGGCUCUUAUUGCCCUAAAGACCAGGAUAGUAUUGCCAUAGGCAAUACACGUUUAUGUGAAGAUACAGUAAUUAGGACUAGUGGCAAUGGGGAAAUCCAGGAAACAACUUUUUUAUGAAGAAAAAACCCCCCAAAAAAUAUUUUGUUUUCUGUUUUGCACCGUAACUUGCUUGUUAUUUUAUUUUAAUCUAGAGGGAAAAAAAAGAGGUACAAAUAUUUUUUAUGUUAUACAGAUUUAUAUGUGUGUUUAUAUCUGUGCGUGUGUUGUUGGGGUCUAGUGAGAGGUUUAUUUCUGUAGUUUAAGGUUUGCCUACGGACUUAAUAAAUCCUUAGUAUUGAGUCACUUCAUGUACAAGUUGUCAAGGUCUGGGUGCCUCAGCAAAACAAAAGCUUUCAGAAUGACGAGAUUCAUAGGACUAGGUGCAGUUCUAAUGUUUUGCUCACAAACUGCCUCCUUCAGGAAAUGAACGAUGUCAUGAUAUGUGAUGAACCGUCUUACAUAAGUCUUGCAAGAGCCAUCAUUCUGUAAAGCUUCAUUGUGAUGUAUAUUCUAUGUAUUCUCUACAUGCAACGGGCUGUCUGCAAGAAGAACACUGCACAUUAAUAUUAUAUAUGUAGUUUAUAGCACACGCAAGAACAGUAUAAUUAAUAUAUAUGAGUAAGUCCAAAGAGUAGGGCAAGUGUAAUUUUUAUAUAAAAGUGUGUAUUAGUGUGACAUAUUAAGAUCGACUAAAUUGAUUGCACUUACAGGUCUUAAGGGGAAGAUAUGCCUUCAAACCCAAAACAUCGGCAUUGAGGUGCUUGUGGGAGCUGGUACAAGUAAUAGCCUUGUGCAUUGGCAGUACUUAUGUACGGGUCAACAAAAAUUCAACCCUGCGCCGACCUGGCCUGCUGCUCUGCUGUGGCUAUUUAUAUACCUAUGCCCGACCCGCCCAUCUCUGUCAUGGAGGGGGUGGGAAGUGGGGAGCAGUUAGGUUGCGGGCAGGAAGGUUGGCAUGAAGAACUUGGCCCAAACCUGCCUGCAACACAAGGAAUUUAUGUACGUGUUGGCCCAAACCUGCGGGCGUCGGCCUGGCCCGCACAUCACUAACAUGCAGGAAUCACAGAUUCACAUGAGAACACUAUAACCACCCCCCCAUCUCCAUUCUCUCACACAAAAACACACACAGAGUAUAUAUUGAGUGUACAUAUAUAGUCAGAGAUUAAUAAAUAUUGAAUGUUUUUCAUCUCUUUUCAAGUGCUAGGUAGCUGGUUAUACCAAAUUUUAAAAAGUAUAUAUUUGUAUUCUUUAACAAAGUUCUAUAUAGUAUGCAAGCUAUUGUGCCAUUAAGUUGACAAUUUAUAGAUUCUAGAGGAAGUUUCAGUCAAUGACACUGAUUGAAUGUAAGAACAUUCUUAGCUAUACUGAAAUGUACAGCAUUUCACACAUUUUUUAAUGUUAUUUAUAGGUGAUAAAUAUAUACAUUUAUUGGCAACACUAAAGUGAAGCUCCAGUAAAAUAAAUGUAUCCUUUGUUUAUAUUUUUUGUUUGUGUGAAUCUAGACGUGUUUGGUCUGAAUACUCACAUUUUUUUAAGUAAACAACAAUCUGGAUAUUAUGGCCUACAAAACUUGAAGAUAGCACUUGAAGAUGCAGCAGGUUACACAUCAAUAAAGUACGAGGGUUGCCUCAAAAUUCAGCAUUGAUAUUGCUUACAUAAGAAAACUGAUUAUUGAUUAGUUGCUAGUAUCUGCCCAAGUGCAAAUUUACCCAGUGCUAAAAAAUGAACCUUUAUAAGUGACAAAAUGCUAUAAAUUAUCUUGAGGGUUACGUAAUGUUUAUUGAAAUCUUUUCCAAAACAAAAUUAGGAUUUGUGCUAAACAUACCCUUUUUAUUUUUAACUUUAAAAAAAUCGAUGGUUUAAUUUCAAGUAUGGAAUUUGAAGCUCAUCCAUGUUUGGUCCUUGCGACAUAGAUAAUAAGAUUACCAGUGCAAGGACCAAACAUAGAAUAACAAUACAUUUUCUGAAUAUGUUAAUGAACAUUUACAGAAAAUAUCUUUAGCUGAAAUUGAAUUUAGUUUAUUUGCAUUCAUUUUCUCAUUUAAAAAUAACCCCUAAAUACAAACAUUAUUAAUAUGUAAACAGGAUAUAUAUAUAUAUAUAUUUAUAUUUAUAUAUAGGUCUUCAUCUCUCUGCUGGAUAAACACUGUGCCUUUCCCUGAUGAAGAAUAUAUCAUUCUUAUCAAAAAGAGUUAGAAAGUAUUGUAUAGAAAAGGUUAAUGUUGUACUUUCAAUGAAAGCACAAAGAAGUUGACAAGUUUUAUAUAAAUAUAUCAUUUUAAUGGCAUUUCCACGUACCUAAUUAAAAAAAAUGUUGUCAAGCCAGUGUCUGUUUAACUGUACUAAUGUGGUAGAAUAUUAAAGAAAAAAAUAAAAUGCAGUUUUUAUUUUUUAA